UCUUUUGUAAAGAAAUUUAUUUCUGCCUAAAACUUAACCCAACUCGUAGAAAAAAAAAAGAAAAAGAGAAAAAAAAAAAAAAACUACUGGUAAUUAUGAAUGUUUUAGGAGAAAUUUUUCUGAAAUUAAGAUUCCGCCAUGGAAGCUUUUGAUCUUUCUCUUCUUCUUCACUAGUUUUUUUUUUCUACUUAAUUUCAAACAAAUACUCUUCCGAAAAAAGAAAGAAAUAAAAACUUGAUUUUUAUUCUUCCCCUUUUCUCUGAAUCUUACGUUCUCUGGAUCUUUCUUCUCUCUCUCUUUUUCUUUCUCUAUCUAUAUUGUCUAUACUUUAAGUGUCUGUCUGAAGAAGCUUGAAUCUGUCGUGAUCAAACUAUAUUCGACUUCUCUUGUCUUUUAAAGUUUGUUUCUUUUUUGUUGGGUCUUCUUCUUCCUUAAUUCUCGGAAUCAGAAUCUUUGGGAUGGAGGAGAGAGAAGGAACUAACAACAACAACAACAACAUCACUACCGGUUUUGGUCUGAAACAACAUCUACAUGAAGCUCCUCCUUCUGGUGAUGGUGGUGGUUUCCACAUGGAACCACCACGGUCUGAAAACCCUAAUCUUUUUCCGGUGGGUCAAUCCAGCACUGCCUCUACGGCGGUGAAAGCUUCUGAGAAUGCUGCUCCUCCUUUUAGCUUGACAAUGCCGGUGGAGAAUUCGUCUUCUGAGUUGAAGAAGAGGAGAGGGAGACCGAGGAAGUAUAACCCUGACGGCUCUCUCGCCGUGACUCUCUCUCCGAUGCCUAUCUCCUCCUCUGUUCCGUUGACGUCGGAGUUCGGGUCUCGUAAACGAGGUAGAGGACGAGGGAGAGGGAGAGGAAGAGGAAGAGGUAGAGGAAGAGGAAGUGUAAGUGGUAGUGGAGAGCCCAACAACAAUAACAAUUGGCACAAGAGUCCUCAGAUGUUCGAAUUCGACAACAGUCCUAGUUCUGGUGGAGGACCUGCAGAAUUUGUCAGUCCAAGUUUUACACCUCAUGUGCUCACAGUAAAUGCCGGUGAGGAUGUGACAAUGAAGAUAAUGACCUUCUCUCAACAAGGCUCUCGUGCUAUCUGCGUUCUUUCGGCCAACGGUCCCAUUUCCAAUGUUACACUUCGUCAAUCUAUGACAUCUGGUGGUACUCUCACUUAUGAGGGUCAUUUUGAGAUACUUUCUUUGACUGGUUCAUUUAUACCAAGCGAGAGUGGAGGAACCAGAAGCAGAGCUGGCGGGAUGAGUGUGUCUCUUGCUGGACCAGAUGGUCGUGUCUUUGGUGGUGGACUUGCCGGUCUCUUUAUAGCCGCUGGACCUGUUCAGGUGAUGGUAGGGAGUUUUGUAGCGGGUCAGGAGGAAUCACAGCAGCAGCACCAGCAGAUAAAGAAGCAAAGAAGGGAAAGACUCGGGAUCCCGACAACAACACAAGCGUCUAACAUCUCAUUCGGUGGCUCAGCGGAAGAUCCAAAGGCUAGAUACGGGAUCAACAAGCCUGUUGUUAUUCAGCCACCAACCGCGCCAACACCACCAGUGACCUUUUCGCAUGAGCCAAGUACUAACACAGUCCACGGUUACUAUGCAAAUAACACAGCUAACCAUAUCAAGGAUCUCUUCUCUUCCCUCCCAGGAGAAGAUGAUGAAGAAGAAGAUGAGGAUUUAGAAGGUGAAGAUGAUGAAGAAUUUGGAGGCCAUAGCGAAUCUGACACCGAGGUUCCAAGCUGAUGAUCGAUGACAUUGAUCAACAACCAUGAUCUUGAGUUGCUGCGGCUUUUUAUAUCUGAGAUUUGUUUAGAGAGUGUAACGGUAUUUUUUUUUUUGCUUCAGAUUGUAGUUGUUUUCUUAAACAAAAGAUAUUUCACUAAAAGUUAGGGUUUAUUAGAGGAUGUAAUCUUUAGGGUUCUUUGACUUGUUUCAUUCCUUAUUAUCCCCAAGUGGGUUGUUGUAGAAGUGCAAAACUUUAGUGUGUGUUCUUCAAUCAACUCUUCAAUGACUUCA